AAUGCUGCGAUGGUGAAGAUCCUGGAGCUGCAGCAGAGGGCAUCGUCGAUGGACCUGAGUGGGCUCCCGCUGGGCACCGAGGGCUUGGUCCCCCUCCUGCGCUCCCUCCGCCUACACGUGGCAACCCGGGAGCUGCGACUGGCAGGCACACAGCUGGCACUGCCCGCCAUAGGAGAGCUACUCGCCACCCUGCUCACCCUACCCAACCUCACCCUACUUGACCUCUCCAACAACCUCAUCAAUGGCCCCGGCCUGAGGGAGCUCAUCGAGGGAGCACGCCACUCCACCCAACCCCCAUUCCCAAGUCUGCGGGAGUUGAACCUGAGCCUCAACCCGCUGGGCGAGGGCAGCUGGCAGUGCCUGGCCGUGCUGUUGGAGUGUUGUCCCGUGCUCACCACACUCCGACUGCGGGGGCUGUGAACUCACCGCUGCCCCGUUCUGCAGCACCCUGCGCUUAGCUGCGCUCUCCGAGGCAGCUCUGUGAAGACCCUGGAGUUGUCGUGGAACCCUCUGGGGUGCCUGGGACUGCACCCCCUGGCCCGCACCCUGCAACACCUCGACCUCACCCACCUGCAGCUCGACUCCGUCACAACCUUGCCCCCGUGACGGCAACCUCACUGAGCCACUGCUCACCUACCUGGGCCAUGGCAAUAAUGCAUUGACUCAUCUCAGUCUGGCCAACAACGACUUCAAUGACAGCAGUGUCCAGCAACUGGCCAGGUAACCCUCUCUCAUCCAUGUGUCUGUGUGUGUCUGCCUGUCUCUGUGUCUGCCUGUCUCUGUGUCUGCCUAUCACUGUGUCAGCCUGUCUCUGUGUCUGUCUCUCUGUGUCUGUCUGUCUUUAUCCACUUACUUCCCCCAAGCUAGCUACCUCCCAUCCCCCUUACUUCCCCAAGCAGACUGCCACACAUUCUGUCUCUGUCUCUGUGUACAACACAAUAGCAAGUUUAGCAAUUAUAUAUUAAUUUCUUAGUGUCAGUU